AUGAAUAAAUAUCCGUACCAAAGUUUAAUCGGAGCGUUGUUGUAUCUUGCGAUAACUACUAGGCCAGAUAUAAUGUACGCGGUAAAUUAUUUAAGUCAAUUCAAUACCAAUUACAAUGUUGAGCAUUGGAAAGCCGCGAAAAGGGUUUUGAGGUAUUCGAAGGGUACGAUAGAUAACGGGUUGAGAUUUGAGCAAACCGGGCUAGCUCUAUUUGCUGUUGUAGAUGCUAACUGGGGAGGGGACUCAACGGAUCGUAAGUCGUAUACGGGAUAUGGAUUCAUUCUGGCGGGAUCUGUAAUUAGUUGGGAAGCGCGUAAACAAAAGACGGUGGCGCUCUCAAGUACAGAGGCAGAGUAUAUGGCGGUAGCGGAGGCUACUAAAGAGGCCUUAUACUUGAAAGGCCUGUUAGUAAGUUUGGGUAUACAGGAAGAAUCAGAGACUGUCACGAUACUGAAUGAUAAUCAGAGCGCAAUCAGUACGAUCAAGAACGAUGUAUAUCACCAGCGUACUAAACAUAUAGAUGUAAGGCAUCAUUUUGUAAGGAAUGAGUAUGCGUGCGGUGUGAUAGAUGUAAAAUAUCUGAGUACAGAAAGAAUGCCAGCAGAUAUGUUUACAAAAGGUUUGAGCGGCAUUAAACACAGAAAAUGUGUGAGCAAUAUAGGUAUUGUAAAUUAG